CGCAGAUAUCUCACGUUUGACGUUUCUGUAGACGUGGUGACUGUUAGUCAAGAGUUGGGGGAACUAUCCAGUUAUUCAUGAUAAAAGCUGACACAAUAGUCCUAUUACAACCGAGCAGUCAUGCUGGACUUUGCCAUUUUUGCUGUCACCUUUGUCAUCAUUUUAGUCGGCGCUGUUCUCUACUUGUAUCCGUCAUCCAGAAGAGCCUCUGGCAUUCCAGGUUUCAACCCUGCAGAUGAAAAGGAUGGAAACCUGCAGGACAUUGUAAACAGAGGCAGUCUACAUGAGUUCCUUGUCAGUCUGCAUCAGGAGUUUGGAUCUGUGGCAUCAUUCUGGUUUGGCAGUCGUCCAGUGGUCAGCCUGGGCUGUGUGGAGCAGCUACGGCAGCACAUCAACCCCAACCACACCACUGACUCCUUUGAGACGAUGCUGAAGUCACUGCUAGGAUACCAGUCAGGGAUCCAAAGUGGUGUCAGUGAGGCAGUGAUGAGAAAAAAGGUGUAUGAGACUGCCAUCAACAAUUCAGUGAAGAACAACUUUCCUCUUGUGCUCAAGCUUGUGGAGGAGCUUGUCGGGAAGUGGAGCUCAUUCCCAGAUGAUCAGCAUAUCCCAUUGUGUGCUCACCUGCUGGGCCUGGCCAUGAAGACCGUCACCCAGCUGGCCCUGGGUGAACGCUUCAAAGAUGACACAGCGGUCAUCUCCUUCCGCAAGAACCAUGACGCGAUCUGGUCAGAAAUUGGGAAAGGCUACUUGGACGGUUCUCUUGAGAAGAGCGCCAGCAGAAAAGGACAUUAUGAGAAGGCUCUGUCAGAGAUGGAAGCUGUGCUGCUGUCACUGGUGAAGGAGAGAAAAGCCCAGAGGAAGCAGACAGUGUUUGUAGAUGGCCUCCUUCAGUCCAGCCUCACAGAGCGACAGAUCAUGGAGGACUGCAUGGUUUUCACAUUGGCUGGAUGCGUCAUUGCUGCAAACUUGUGCAUCUGGGCUCUUCACUUCCUGUCCACCUCUGAAGAGGUUCAGGACAAGUUGUACCAGGAGCUGGAGGAAGUUUUGGGUUCAGAACCACUUUCCUUGGACAAGAUUUCACAGCUCAGAUACUGCCAGCAGGUUCUUAAUGAGACAGUUAGGACUGCCAAGCUGACCCCCGUCGCUGCCCGGCUUCAGGAAGUGGAAGGCAAAGUUGAUCAACACGUCAUCCCCAAAGAGACUCUAGUGAUCUACUCUUUGGGAGUAAUCCUGCAAGAUGCUGACACCUGGAGCACCCCAUACAUGUUUAACCCAGAUCGAUUUGAGGAGGAAUCAGUGAGGAAGACCUUCUGCCUACUUGGAUUCUCUGGAAAUCAGACGUGUCCUGAGCUCAGGUUUGCCUACACUGUAGCUACAGUCCUGCUCAGCACGUUGGUGCGGCAACUGAAGCUGCACAAGUUGAAAGGACAAGUCGUGGAGGUCAAAUCUGAGCUGGUCUCCUCACCCAAGGAUGAAACCUGGAUCACUGUCAGCAAAAGAAACUAGAACAGGUCACAAUAAUAAGCCACAGAAGAGCUAAGGAGUUCAAUUACUCAGUAUUUUUUAAAUGUCAAGAAUCCAGUCUUAGAGAGAGAUGUCAUAUUUAAGCCCAUGACUCACAUAACCCAUAUUUUCACACUUCCUGGAAUUAAACUUUAAAUCUGCAUCCUUGGGGGCAUUUAUGUGCAAAAUGAGGUUUUUGUUUUGCACUCAGCUUGUACUGCCACUUCGCCAUGGUUGCCUUUCUAGUGCUUUUUCAACUGAUGCCUUGUCUGGGCACAGGUCGCAUUUGCAUUUGUUGAAAGAUGCGACCUCAGUGUUUUCAUACUGUAUCACACAAAUUGUUUCACUGGACUUUUUUCCAAAACUUUUUUUAAUUAUUAAAUUAGGCAACAUGGCAUUUCAUAAUUUUUUGUAGAGUAAUAUUACACAAUUAAAUAUGUAUAUAACGA